GGUAUGUACACUCAUUCAUGUUGACCAUUUUGGUUUUUUUUAAAUGGGGGGGGGGGGGCAUAAAUCUUAUUGUCUGGUGUGUUCUUAAAAAAUCCUUAAUUUUGUGGUAAUUUGUGUUAUAAACUGCAGCUAAAUAUAUUUCUGUUGCUGUUGACCUCUUGUACUUAUUUGCUGUUAGAAGUCACUUGUUGGCAUUAAACAUUCAAAUCUAUCCUCAUUCCUGUGCAUAUAAUAGACUCUUAAUUAUCCCCUCGGAGGCUCCGUGCCCGGUAGGACUCAUGAGGUAGUGCAACAAAAGACACCUCCUACUAUGGUCACUGGCAACAACCUGCACCUCUCUCCAACUGUUUGCCACUCCAGUUCUUCUCUCUGUUUCUCCACUGUGUGCCUAAGCCCAGGUCAGCAUAGUUCUGAUGUUCGAACUGUUGUCCCUUCAAAAAACAUGACUUAUCCAUCUCCAGUUCCUCCCCUUGACUGUUCUUGAUGUUGGGAGACCACUCCGCUCCCAAUAGGAGUGGACCGAAAAUGCUUGGCUAGUGAAGAUACCCAGAAAAUUACGAAAAACUGUUACAGUAAGUGCAUAUAUAGCAAUCAGUGCUUUUUCACAUGAGUCUAGCAUCAAUUUGAUGCCCUGUUUACUGGUACAAUACACUCAAAGUCCACUAAUUAAGCUGUAAUAUGUUACAUUUGUUAUGCCCCACUUCGAAGAAGGGAGAGCAUAUUGCUUUGCUGCUGUCCGUCUGUCAUUCAAUCUGUUGGUUAUUCCACUCACAGUUUCCAUUCAUUUUCUAAGCAAAGGAUGCACAUUUGGAUAUGAAAUUUGGUCUACAGCUUUAUCAUUAUAAUAUCUAAAUCAAGAUUGAUUUUGGGUACGAUCGAGCAAUUUUCAUCAGAGUUAUGCCCGUUGGAAGUAGAAGAAUUCCAAUUAUUUGCAGUUUCCAUUCAUUUUUCAAAGAGGAUGCACAUUUUGAAAUGAAAUUUGUGUUGCAGAUUUAUCAUAAUAAUAUCCAGGAUAAGUUUGAUUUUGGGUAUGAUUGAGCAAAUUUCAACAGAGUUAUGCCCCUUUGACGUAGAAAAAUUCCAACUAUUUGCAGUUUCUAUUCAUUCUUUUUGCAGAGGAUGCACAUACUGAAAUGAAAUUUUGUAUACAUGUUUAUCAUAAUAAUAUCUAAGUUAAGUUUGAUUUUGGGUACAAUUGAGCAAUUUUUUGUCAGAGUUAUGCCCCUCUGAUGUAGAAAAAUUCCAAUUACAUGUAUUUGCAGUUUCUAUUCAUUUUCUUCACAGAGGAUGCACAUAUUAAAAUGAAAUUUGUACACUGAUAAAAAUCAUAAUAAUAUCUAGGUCAACUUUGAUUUUGGUAAUAAUGGAACAAUUUUCGUCAGAGUUAUGUCCCUUGGAUGUAGAAAAAUACCAAUUAUUUGCAGUUUCUGUUCAUUUUCUUAAUUCGCAGAGGUUGCACCUAAUGAUAUGGAAUUUAGUAUACAGGUGAGGUUUAUCAUACUUAUAUACAGGUUAAUUUCAAUUUUGGAUAUGAUUGAGUAAUUUUUGACAGUUUUGUCAUGGACUUAAAGAAAUCUCAAUUUUUUAGUUUCCAUUCAUUUUCUUUGCAGAUGUAUCAAGGGAGGGGGGCAAGUGUUUCUUAAACAUAUCUCUUGUUCUUAAUUUAUAAUUGCAACAAAAUAAAAUAAUGAGUUUUGUUAUAGUAUUAGAUUUACUAUAGUCUUUCUCAGUUUGAAGUUUUUAUCCCUUUCUGCUAAGUAAGGGUAAGGGGUAAUAAGGUUGGAUCCGAAAAUUGUGUGUGUGAAAUGUUUUUAGAACUUCCAAAUGGAUAAAAGAUAUCAAUUUUCCCUUUAUAAAUCUCUCUAUAAAAAUUUUUUUCAUAAAUAAGUACCAAUUGAUGUCGCCCAUCUGCAAAUCUUGCACAUGUGCAUGGCCUUAUUAGGAGCUUUACGUCUAGGAUGUGUGCUUAGUGAAGGUUAAUGUACAACCCAGAUAAAGAUAUAAUAUAGUAUCAAAUUUCUAUCUUUAUCUCUUGUCUGGUGUGAUAAACAAGUUUAUUUAACUUAUCUUAUUAUUUUAACCUGGCAUGACACCUUUAAUAAUCGUGCUAUUGCUCAUUCAUCUAAAGUGAUUAUAACAUUUUCAUAAAUUUUAGUGCUCUUUUUAUUAUCAUAAACAUUUUUCUUCAAAAAUAUUCUUGGUGUUUACAUUUAUAACUGGGUACUGGGGGAUUGAUGUAACAUUUAACUUAACGAAGCAAGUUUCCAAAGAGAUAAAAGAUGAAUGACCUUGGUUGUACUAAACCCCUGGUUAAUGUCACACUCGGCUAUCAUAAACGGGUACCGUGCACCCCAAAUUAGUUUGAUCUUUGUCUUUUUAAGUUCACACUUGCAUAAGCUGUUAAAACAGGUUAAGCAUAAUUGUGAUUUUGUGUGCAAUCCAGAGAAGUAAUUCACAGUGCUAGCAAUAAUAGAAUUUGUGCCUGCUAGCACCAUAGAAUUUGUGCUGCCUCUGCAAUAUUUUCUUUGAAAUUUCUCACCGGAAUUGCAGUGAUACAAUGAUUUUCAGAGUUGUCUAGCGGUCGUUAAAAAUCUGAAAAGUUGUUUAAAUUGGAUGAUGAAACCGAUGGGAUAUGCUAACUUGCAGGAAGAACUGAUAGAAGAGGAUGACCUCCGUAAACCCCGGGGGGACAAGCCACCCAACUCGUACAUCGUGAUGAGUGACAACUCCCUAGUCCAGCGGGAUAACGAGCUUCAACAUGCAAGUGACAUGUCGGGGGACUCCAACAACAGCAGCCCAAUCAGAGUGGAUAUAGCUGACAUAGAUGGAGAGGAGAGCUUGAACCUGACCACAACAACACUCAGACGAUGCAAGAAGCAGGUGCUCCGUCCUUACUGGAGGCUCCUCAUGUUUAUUGGGUGGCGAGGAUUCGGAAGAGAGUCAGUGAACUCGGGCAGAAUGAGAUGGACAAUACUGAACAUUGUGUACCCUGUGUUUAUUGUGUGCUUACUACUGUAUACCUAUAUCUAUGAAAUUGUUGCAUGUCAAUGGAAGUUGGAUCUACACAAGGAUACUCAGGUCAUUACGACAACAACCCCCACUCCAGUGUCAACAGAAUCCAACGUGACUGAUGGAGUGUCUUUAGAUGAGUAUCAGGUCACUCCCUCCUAUGGCUUACUACAGAAUCUCACUACCAUGCGUAAGAUUGGACCCUCGGAGCCUCCGGAGGCCUGUCAGCAUAUCAUCACAACCUAUGUCAUUCCAAAUGUUCUCCAUUUUCUGGCCUACAUCAUGGGCAUAGUUCACUUCAGGAUACAGGAAAAUGAACAGCUGUAUGCCAUUAUGGAAAAAGUUUUUUUGCAAGCUACACCUUCCUAUAGCCGGUCUGCUUCCCAGCAAAAGAUGAUCAAGAAACUAAGAAUACUGAUGGCUGUUGGGGCUAUUUGGGUGGCUGUUACUUUAGUAAUGCAAGGCUUGUAUGAAUAUGCCUUUAAUUUUCCUCAGCUGCUAUUCUUCAGAAAAGUUGGGACGACAGUCCACUGGGUGCUGUUUAGUAUAGAACUGCUGGGAAUUCUGGUCCUGAACUCUGUGACCCUUGCUGUGAUAGCUAACUAUGUCACUCACUGUGAGAUGGUGUUGUUCUACCUUAAAGGGCUGGCUCUGAGACUGCAGGAGAAAUCCACAGAACUGAAGGCAGCCAUGAAGGACAUUCUAUUCAUAAAACAGAAUGUGAGCUUACUCAAUGGACCAGUGGCCAGAAUGACUGCUCUUAUAUCAGUUAUAUUCGCUGAACUGACAAUUAUAGGUAUUGUUAUUCUUAUUUUGAAUAAAAAUGACUCUGUAAAAGUCUGGAUCUACAGGAGUUUCUUCCCUUUGGUGUGGCUUUUCAUUCUCUGUGCUCCUCUGUAUCAGGCAGCCCGGGUGAACUCUGUGUCCAAUAGGAUGAAGAAGAUAGCCUUGGAGAUGAGGGUGUUUGGCUACAAGAAUUCCUCUCAACUAGAAUUAGACUCCUUCAUUUUGUUUAUAAGUCAAGCAAGAAUGAAGGCCAAGCUGUUCCAUGUUCCCAUCCUGCCUCAGUACCUGAUAGCCAUUUUAGUGUUGGGAGCAUUUAUUCUGCUGAUUCUAUUUCAAACCAGUGUUAUAGGCCCAGUCAACUACUGGUUUUAGUCAGAAUGCUAUACUUCUUCCACAGACUUUACCAGAAAACACAUUUUUCUUAACAAAUUACUGCUACCUUGAUCUGUACAAAGUACACAUUGGGGAAGCUAUUCACCUGAUGUAGCUAGUGGUUUUACAUGGGGUUAAUACAUGUAUGACUACGAUAUGACAGGGAUAUACAGGAGAAUGUUAUAUAUUUUUGAUGUGUUUAUUUGACCACAUGCAGGCAUUAAGAUCGUCAUAGUAUUCUAAUACAAUGGUGCUUAGUGUGUCUCUGUCAGAGAUGCAGUCAUUUACAUGUACCAGUGCUUUAAUACUGGACUAUAUCAGAAACAAAUGUACAUGUAUUUUCAUGUCAAUGCAAAUGAUAGUUUUAAUACUUGUGUUUUUCUUGAUAUAUUUGGUACCAAAAACUUUUUGAAAAACUUCAAAAGUAAAUAUUUAUUUUGAGAGACAGUGAUUUAAUGCACAAUGUACAAGUACUUUUCAGUUGUCAUUAAAUAUGUUACAGUGUACAUGUCAUUGACAUGUAAUUACCGGUAAGUUACAGUGUAUAUAUUGUGCCAGUAACUACAUGUAUUAUCAUUCAUGUGUACAUCAAAAUUUUCUAGUUCUGUUAAAUGUUCAAGAUUUUGUUUUUGUCAUUAUUCAAUUCACACAACCUUGUUUUUUGUCAUUGUGCAGAAUUUGAAUCAUGGCUGUCUGCCAGUUUCUACAUGUAUGCAUCUAGUCAUUUGACAUUCCCUAUAUAUUCAUAAUUUUAUUUUUUGAAAAUAUAAUACAUGUCCAUACUUAAACAUAUGUUUUGAUCAUGUGCCAAAAUGAUGACUGUAUCAAUAAUAUGCAUUGCUAACAUUGUAUGUUAAAUUUGUCACUCAAUAAAUGUAGGGAAAAUGUUUUCAAUAUAUUACAUGUACAGGUUUAUUAAUAUGUUAUUAUACUUGUGUGCAAUACUUCUUUGAGACGUUUUGGUGUAUUCAUAUGUGAUAAGCUCAUAAGAGAUUAUUGAACUAUUUAUACAUUAGUUGUAUAAAGAUAAACUUUUUUAUUCCAUGUUAACUCAUUAUGUGAUUGUUUUGAAAGAUUAUAUUGCAUUUUUGACACUAGUCUAAAGUAGAAUUUAUGUAUUUUAUUAAAAAGAAGAAUUUCCCUUACAAAUAGACAAUCAAUUUAUUUAUUUUUAUAUUAGUUUAAUUUUUUCACAUAUUUUUCUCUCUACAAAUUCAGUGGUUAAAUACUUUAAAUUGUAUUUGAAAACUAAUGGCAUCUUUAAUAAAAUUAUACUGUACCUUCUUCAAUAUAAAUGUCAGAAACUGUCCCAUUUCUCCAUAAUAUGUGUACAUGAAUUCUUUUGUGUUUCUCUCUGCAGUAUAUACGUACAUUUAUAGGGAGAUGUUGUGUACAAGAGGAUUAAUUUUGUUUUGGUAACUAUCACCUAUGCUCAGCAGUGUUUGUUGUGGAACAAUACUUGAGUGAAUGGGCUGCAUUUUGUUGGUUUAUUAAAGUUGUUAACUGAUUGAA